UUCUACAAAUAUUAUAUCUGUGAGAGCGAUUUUUAGGCAAUACCUGCCGUAAAAUCAUUGAUUUGUUUCCUCAUUGCGUAAAACACACAAAAUUACUAUUAUAUUGUUACCAAAAUCUUAAUCUACACAUAGUCAUGCCUGAAGCUUCGGUUUUACCAAAAAAGUUUUCUGAGGGGCCUCAUGGUUUAGGUGACCCGAACGACAAAAGCUUAAGAAAAGUUGAAGAGGAAGUGUUGAUACCGAAACUUAUAAGAGACAAAGCUAAAACUGAAAAAUGUGUUGAAGAAGUUGCGAAUUUUAAUAAAUGCUGCAAGGAAUCCUCGGUUUUUAUGGUUGUUACAUGUAGAAAAGAAAACUCGGCAAUGAAAUCAUGCUUAGCAGACUGGUACAAUAAUGAAGAUUUCAGAAAGGAGUGCACACAGGAAUAUUUGAACCAAAGAAGUCAUUAUAGAAGUACAGGCAUAAAGAAACCAGUUAAACGAGCCUAA